GUAAUAAUUUUGCUACGAAAGGUUAAUCAUGUAAACAGUAAAGUGUCCAUCGAUUUUAAAAACCAUGAACGAAGCAAAGAAAAGUGGUGAAGUUUUGGUUGAUGAAAUUCAUGUAGACAAAGAUGAAUUGAUGAGGUACCUGAAUGGUGAAAUUCAGUUCACCGAAUGGAAACAAGGACAAGACUUGAUGAAGUUCUUCGCAUCGGAAGACAAUGCUCCUGAACCCACGGAAACGAAGGAUGGAGACAUUGAUGAAAACGCCAGCGAGGGAAGUGAAGACGAAGAUGAAGAGGAUGACGACGGGGAUGCGGAGGCAGACCAGGAGGAGGAGGGAGAGGAAGAAUUAUUGGAUGAGAAGGAUGAGGAAUAUUUUCCUCCUGGGAUUAGCACUCGUAAAGGAAAAGUUGGCCGACCACGUAAACCCAGACCAGAACAAGUGACUCCAAAACGGCCCCGCGGCCGGCCGCCAAAAGCCAGGAUGCCUGGACUAACAUCCUCAUCAGAGGGCUCUCCCAUGACACACGAGCUCCGUCUGGGUCGAGAGGAGAGGCGUCUGAAGGGGAAGCGGGGUUUCCCCAGAGGCCGGAUACGCAACCGGGUGCCCAAGGACCUGCGUGGUCUGAUGGGGGAGGCCCACCUGUGCUUCGCCCGGGGCAGCGAGCAGGAGGCCAUCAAGAUGUGCCUGGAGAUCAUCAGGCAGGCUCCACGCUGCCCGGAUCCUUACCAGCUGCUGGCUAUGAUCUACGAGGACAAAGACGAUAUGGAGAAAUCGCUGCAGUUUUCUCUGAUUGUAGCUCACCUGAGACCCAGGGACACGGAGGAGUGGACACGUUGCGCCGAGUUGUCCCUGGAACAAGAUGACAUCCAGCAAGCCAUACGCUGCUACUCAAAAGCAAUCAGGUACAAUCCCAAGGAGCUGUCCAAUCACAUGGAGAGGAUCCACCUGUAUGAGCAGCUGAAGGACACCAAGAAGGUGAUAGAAUGCUACCAGAUCCUACUGAAAGCCCUGCCGGAGGACCAAGGGGAGCAGUACAUGCAGCUGGCUAAAGACCUUGUCAAGACCCAUCACCAGAACGGAGACAUUUCAUCAGCGGUGGACAUUUUGAGUCAUGCAUUUGCCAAACACCCAAAGUUGAUCAGCUCGGAAGAUGUGAAUAUAUUGGCGGAACUGCACAUUGCCUCUCGUCACUACCAGCAAGCCAUGCAGGUCAUCUCGGAUCACUGCGGGGUGGGCGUACGAUCACAGAGCAGUCACGAAGUCCUGGAUCUGGAGCAACUCUCGCUAGCUGACAGAGAAACAAAGCAAGACUCUGUUGAUGUGGAAGUUCCAGACGGGUUACCGAUUGACCUGCGGGCAAAGCUCGGAGUGUGCUUGAUUCAUUGCAAGCAGUUUCAGUCUGCUAAGAAUGUGAUUUCUCUGUUAAUGACCAAAGAUCCUAACAUGAUGGGGGAUCUGGUCUUGGAUGUAGCCGAGGCGUAUGCUGAACUUGGUUGCUAUGGGGAGUCACUGCCUCUACUCCAAGCGCUGGUAGAAACGAAAAAUUACAAUUUGGCUGCUGUGUGGCUCCGUUACGCCGAGUGCCUGACAUCCCUAGGCCAGCUAGAGCAGUCCACAAUGGCCUACCGUCAGGUCCUGCAGAAGGCCCCAGGCCACCUGGACGCCCGCAUCGCUCUGUCUAGCAUUGAACAGCAGCAGGGGAACGCAGAUGUAGCCCUAGAGCUACUAUCAACAGGUUCUGAUGAGGAAGUCGCUGCAGAUGUCCAGCUCAUCUGGCAACGUUCCAUGCUGCUGUACUCCAAGGGUCUGCUCAGGGAGUUUACCAGAGACAGCCUUCUUCUUCUGAUGGCGUACGUCAACCAAGCCUCGGACAAAAAUGUUCCUAAGAGGCUUAGCGGCAACCUGGGCGUCAUCAGCCAUGACAACUGGUUCUCUCUAUACUGUAAGACCAUCGAUGCACUCGUCAAGCUGAGGCAACUAGAGGAAGCAGAGGCACUGUCCAACACCGUCCUAGUCUCUAAGAGAUUCGCCAGGGAGUCUUCACAACAACUGGAUGUUGAAGUCAUGGGCAUCUGUGUGUACUUCCUGAGCGCAAAAUACCGACGAGUUUAUGAGGAGAUGCGAAGUCUUCUGUCAAAACACGCCGACAGUGCAGCAGUGUGGAAUCUCUUUAGCUUUGUGACCAACCUCACCAACGAUAAUCGACACCACAAAUUCUGCCUUCGCCUCACACUCAAAAAAUUACACGAGAACAUUGCCCUGUGCAUACUCAACGGCCACAAUGCCAUGGUCAACGGCACCUUCAAGCACGCCAUCGGGGAAUACAUCCGAGGGUUCCGUCAGAAACCCAACGACCCCUUCCUGACCUUCAUGAUUGCCAUCUCCAUCUGUCACAUCGCCUGCCAGAAAUACACCACCAAGAGACAUUCGCUGAUUGUACAGGCGUUUGCUUUCCUUAAGAGAUAUGAGGAAUUGAGAGGUGUCAGCCAGGAGACCUGCUACAAUAUCGGCCGUGCUCUUCACGAAUUAGGUUUGCUUCAUAUGGCUCUUCGCUACUACCACAAAGGCCUGGAUCUACCGCCCUCUAGUGACGACCCCAGAUUUGACCUCCGAUCGGAACUGGCCUACAACUUGUCUUUAAUCUACCGGCACAGUGGCAAUGAGGAGAUGGCCAUUGAAUUAUUGAGUAACAGCGUCAUAUGACAGCGACAUGCCAAAUGUGCAACAGCGUCAUUUUACAAGGGCAUGGCAAACAUGCAAUGCAUGUAGUGUCAUAUGACAAUGGCAUGUUAAACAUGCAGCAGCAUCAUAUAACAAGCCAAGGCAAAAAUGCUGUCAUAUGGCAUGGCAUGGCAACAUGCAACAGCAUCAUGUAAGGGCACAGCUAACAUGCAAUGGCAUCACAUGGCAAAGGCUUGCCAAACAUGCAACAGCGUCAUUUUGACAAGGGAACAUGAAAAUGUGUAACUGUCAUAUGGCAUGGGCAUGCUGAAAAUGUAAGAGCACCAUAUGACAAGCAGAAAAUGUGCAACUGUAUAUGAAAAGGCACGGCAAAUUUGCAGCUUCAUCAUAUGAGAAGGGCAAAUAAAUAUGCAACUGUCAUAUGACAAGGGCAUGGCAAACAUAACAAGGUCAUGCUAAAAAUGUAACAGCUUCACAUGAGGGACCAGGAAAUGUGCAAAUGUGUUAUACGACAACGAACAAGGGCAUGGCAAAUUUGCAACUGUCAUAUGAGAAGGGCAAAGCAAUGUGCAAGUGUCAUAUGAAAUGUACGAAAAAGGCCAUGGCAAAAGUGCCACAGCAUCAUGUGACACUAGGAGUAAAUGGGUACCUAUGAGGGC